AUGAUUGGAUUGGAAAUUGCACUUUUAAAAGUUGCUAUACCUCCAGGCGGUAUUGAUUUGGACCUGGGUAUUUUAGCAGGGGUAGUUAAGUGGGUUUUAGUGGCUUAUGGCAGGAAGUGUAGACGGGACAAGCAGUGGCAGCAGCUGGCUGAAAGGGAAGCCAUAAAUGGCUCAUUUCAGAACUGUGAGUGCAGCUGCCACAGGUGUCGCUGCCCAUUCAAGAAAGGUACUCUCGGUGACAGGGUUAUCCUAUUCUUGACAGACUAUGUUGGUACCUGGACCAUUGCCGAAGCUUAUAUAUUAUCUAUUCUUGCAGCUCAUUUCAUGGAUACUUCAGACACGGAGUCUGAUGGCGGGCUUCAAGAGUAUUCAGAUUCCCACAGCGAACAACAGUCAGUUUCCCACAGCGAACAAUCAGUUUCAAGUGAAGAUAACGUGGAUGCAAAUAAAGGAAAGCGGGGUAAGACAAGAUUACCAAAGCUUUUAAGGGAUACUAAUGGUGAAAGGCGGACUGUUACUUAUGAUGAAGCCAACCAAGCAACCGGUAAAAAUGGUUGCUUGCUCUCAAGUUACAUAGGCAGCGAAGUUGGUCCAAGUCUUGGACUGAAGUAUACCUGUUGGAAAGAAGUUCCACCUGUAGUGAAGAAAAAGUUAUGGGAGGACGUAACGUUUAAGUUUGAUCUCGACGAAUCAAAGAGGAAAGAUGUAUUGAGACAAUUUUCUGACUUGUGGCGAGGAUGGAGGAAACGAACUGCUGCAAAGCAUGUUACCCCAUUCGAAAAAAGCCGAAAAAAGCUUAAGAAUGUUCCUUCAGAUUUAAGAGGUUUUGUAGAACAAGAAGAAUGGAAAGAGUUUGUAAAACGGAGAUUGAGCGACAAAGGCAAGGAGUUGUCUGAAAUUGGCAAAACGGUACAAGCUCACCACAAAUAUCCGCAUAGGAUGGGACGAAGGACCUAUGCUGGAUUAAAGGACAAACUGAAAAGAGAAGGAAAGUGGACAAGUGAUUCACCCCCUCCACGAGAAUUAUUAUGGAUACUUGCACGCCAAAAUGAAAAUGGGGAGUAUAAGACUGAUGAGAUUGGUGAAGUUGCUGCUCAAAUUGAUGACUGCUCGAAAAAGAUCAAAGAGGGUACAAUUGUCUGUGAAGGUAAGACAGAUGCCCUUGUAAAGAUUUUGGGUGAAGAACAUGGUGGAAGAGUAAGGGCUGCAGGUACAAGAGUGACCCAUAGUCAGUAUUUUGACACUCCUCGACAACGUGGAUCAUCAAAUAAAGAUAAUCUGAAUAAAAUCAGAGAACUGGAAGAGCAACUAAGAGUGAAAGAUGUGCAAGCAAGAAUAAGUGAAGAGAACUUGAGAAAAGAAUUCCAACAACAAUUGGAGGAACAGUCACUAGACACAGAGAGAAAAUUGCAGAAACAAUUCCUUCAGUUCAAAGAAUUAUUGGGCAAAUCCCAAUAUGAUACGAUUCAGCCACCUAUGAUGUCCUCAGAAAAUGUCCCUGCCUUAGGUGCUGAGGAUAAGGACUUAGCUGAAACUUGGGGGGAAGCUGUUCACGAUCCGAAAGGAAAGGCCCAAAAUAUUCGGAGACAUAAUGGGGCCAAAAGCUCUAAACUGGAUGCUAGAAAGACGUCUCAAGAAUUGAACAGUACAUCUAUCCCGGCCUCUCUUAAAGCGCCCGCCCAAGUACCUAAUCGAUGUCCUCAAAAAAAGUGGUUGCACAGGUGA